CAUGAAGACAGAGAGAAAGGUGCGAUAUGCAAUAUGAUACCUUCUCCCUGUCCUCGCCUCCGUCCCAAAACAGGGGAAGGGCAGUGCCCAGCACUGACAACUGCAUUGCCUCAAACUCAGCUCUCUACCAGUGGACAGGAUAGCAUCUCUGUGGCUAGAGGCCCUGAAGUCUGAAUCGGCGCCAUGGAGGGCUCUGUGCUGAGCCCCACAUCCUGGGAGAGACGCAGGGCCUGGCUCCGUCAGAGCCGGCACUGGCAGACCCAGGUCCUGGAGGAAGAGGCUGCAGCGGCCCUACAGAAUGUCCCAGAUGCCGAGCCCUCUGGCCUGGAUGACGUUUUCCAGGAAGGAAAUCCAAUCAAUAAGAUUGAAGACUGGCUGCAAGAUUGUGGAUACUCUGAAGAAGGGUUUUUUGAGGAAGCAGGACAGUUGAACUACAAUGGGUGCCCCAGCCAUGGAACCAGCUUUGAAGAUGACUUGAGCCUUGGAGCAGAGGCCACACUGUUGGCCGCCAGCAGCAAACUGUACUCCAGCAUUGAUCCCUGCAGGAGCUUCCUGGAGACAUCCCGGCCCGGACAGCUACUAGAUCUUGGCUGCAGUUUGGCUUCCAGCAGCAUGACUGGUGGGACCAACAAGACUAGUUCAAGCAUCUCAGAGAUUCUGGACAAGGUGCAAGAAGAUGCGGAAGAUGUCCUUUUCAGCCUGGGCUUUGGUCAGGAGGACCACAAAGACACUUCUCGAAUCCCUGCUCGAUUUUUCACCACCCCCUCUCAAGCCAAAGGCAUUGAUUUCCAGCUCUUCCUGAAGUCCCAGGUGCGGAGGAUUGAGAUGGAAGACCCUUGCCUCAUGCUGGCCAGCAGGUUUAAGCAAGUGCAGACACUGGCCGUCACUGCAGAUGCCUUCUUCUGUCUCUACUCCUACGUGUCUAAGACACCUGUCCAAAAGUUCACACCAUCCCACAUGUUCUGGAAUUGCAACCCAACUGAUGUGCCAUCCAUCAAGAUUCUGUCCCCAGAGCCUGAACCUCACUCACCCAGAGAGCGCCUCCGGAAAGCCAUAUCCAAAAUGUGCCUGUACACAUGCCCACGAGAUAGGCUAUCACCACCCGACCAUACUCCCAAAAGAAACAGUUUAGACCAGGUGGUGUGGGAAGUGAUGGACAGAGUGAGAGGAGAGAAGUUGGUCCUCCAGCAAGACUCUGGGUUUGGACCAGGCCCACAGGGAGAUCCCGUGCCCCCUUUCAAGGGUACAAAACUGCCUACUUCUUCCUGUCCAUGUGUCCUCUGCCUUAAAGAAGAAACACAGCAGGGGAUGUCCACAUGGCAAGAACCUUCAGAAACUAUGGAUUCUGACUUCAAAAUACCAUGUUGCUCACAUUCUCUGCCCAGAGCAGAUAUACAGUGGAACACAGACUCUGCACAGGUAAAGAGAGAGCUGUGGGGGCUACAGGCCACCAGUAAGGAAGCCCAUUCAGUCAAGGAUGAUGCCUUCUGGAUAAGAAAGAGCAGAGCAAGAAGGAGUCUGUUUCAGAAGAAUCCCAUGGGCAAGAAGGUUAAAUCACUGGAUUUGUCCAUCAUCCAACAGAAAUGGAAACAGAGUCAAGAGAGAACAGAAAUGCACCGAUCUCUAACUGAGCAGUGGCAGGACACUUUGGACUUGGAGGGAUCUUGGUUACAGGUGCAAAGCAACAGUGAGGAGGAGAAGAGCCACUGGCCCAGCAGACCUGGACAUCACCACCUCUGCCAGACUUUUGCUGGUGAAGACUCCAGAAGCUUUCACCACAACCACAGCACAUUCUCUGACAGCAGUGACUUCACAGAAGAGCCUAAUUCCCACUUCUUCUCACAGGAGGCUCUACAGCCUCCAACAUCCAGCUCCUGCUCCCUGGCCCUGCAAACUCCUGACUUCAAUAAGAGAAAAGCAAGAUGGUACACCAGACAGAAGACAAGAGUGAGAGACUUGGACUCUCCUCCUGAUGCUGUCAUGAACAACAUGCACAGAGAUAGAACUUAAACAGUUGCUUCAUUUCUCUGCACUUUGGCUUUUCUAUGUGGGUAUUAGAAUACAUGAUCUAUAUAUGAACAGUGGUAACUUGGACAAAGAAUUUUCUCUCAAGCUUUGACACUGCCUAGGGCAGUUAGUAGAUUUAAGGAUAAUCAAAUUUGAGAAACAAGGGUGCUACUGGAAUACUCUCAAAAGGCUCAAACUAAAUGAGGAAAGACAAUUCCCACUUUCAGGCUCUGAAACCUUGGUGCAAUCUACAGUGGGAUUCCCUCAGAGCCUCUACUCAUCCCUCUGUGCUCCCAGUUAAAUUCCAGGAAGUCUUCCACCGUA